AUGACUGAAUGGCGUGAAUUUCGUCCAGAACAAAAGUUAUUAAAUUCAAAUUUCGAUGGUUAUCGUUUAACACUAGAACCACUUGCUCAAUAUUCAAUAAAAUUUGACAAUAAUAUUCACACACAAAAAGAUAUUGAACUCGACAAUGAUUUAUAUUCGUAUAAUAGCAUUAAAGGAUUUAAAUCUUUAAAUCAACUUUAUAUAAAUUCAUGGAAACCUAAUAAUAAUGAUUUAUACUAUUUUGAUCAAAUGCAUUCCAUUCAACAAGUAGAUUUAACGUCUAAUCAAUCUUUUUCGCAUUUGCAACAGCCAACAAUUGUUUAUCAAUUACCAAAAACUAGUUUAUACGGAUCAAUGAUUUUUAUAAGUGAUUCACUUGUUUUUGUAUGUGAUGGUCGUUCAAAAUUAUCUGUUUUAAAUACAAAUAGUCCAAAAUGGAAACUUUUACAUGACGAAGAUUUCGAUGAAUAUUUAACAUCACCUAUAAGAUUAAUACAUGCUGUUAGUUGUGAAGGAUAUUUACAUGCAAUUAUUGGCUUUAUUCAAGCAGAAUGUCAACUACUAUGGGCGACAUUUUCUAUUGGAUCAUCGAGUGAAAUUAAAUUAAUUAGACGACGAAUAUUAAAUGGAAAGAAAUGGCCAGAUUUUGUAGCUAUUGAAUCUAAUGGACACAGUGUGUAUGUUGCUGCCGAAGGAUUAUAUACAUUUAAAUAUGAUUCACUCAUUGAGGUUAAAAAAGAAGAACCACCCAAAGAACCAGUUGUUGAAAAAAUUGAAUCACCAUAUCAUUAUAUUUGGUCACAAACUCAUAAUAUGAUUGAAAUAGAAAUCGAUAUUACAACAAGCGAAUCACAACAAUGGUCUGUUAAUAUUGAAUCGAAUCAUUUGAAAUGUUCUGUAGACGAUGAUAUAUUAAUCGAUGCUAUACUUUUCGACAACAUUGAUCCGAAAGAAAGUUCAUAUGUGAUUACAAAAGAUAAAAGCAAUCAAUUAACAAUAACCUUACAAAAAUCUAAUGUUGGUUCAUUUUGGAGCGAAAUAUUUAAAGAAGGUAAAUCUAUGUCAGGUGAUAUUAAAAUGAAUGGUCUACCUGAAACAAAUAAUACCGACGAAACCGAUGAACUUAAACAACCAUAUAAUAGCCAACAACUUGAAGAAUGCGAUCAAUAUUCAAAUGAUACUGAUGUUUAUCUAUCAAGAUUUGAUGGUGAUACACAUGCUGUUACGCAUCAAGCAUUGGUCAAUAAUCAAAUAUUAUUCACAAAAUUAAAUCCACCAUCAUUAUGUAUUCGUCAUGAUGUUGACGGACUUAUUUGGCAUAUAAAUUCAAUAACAUCCAAUGAUCAAUUGCCAUGGACUCAUGAAGCAACGUUAAAUGCAUUCGGCUAUGUUCAAGCAUCGAAACAAAACCGUAAAUUUAUUUCUACCCCAACUGACUAUUCAUAUGCAUUAAUAUCUGAUACACGUACACAUUUAUAUAUUUACAAACAAAAUACGCCUACGUCAAAUCUUCCUGGUACAUCUUUACGCAAUAGAAAAACUGGUAAAGUUGUUGAUAGCAUCGCUAAACAACAUAUGAUAUCACUUGAGAAUCACAAUGAAAUUCUUGGUCUUAUAACAACAAAUGAACAAACAUUUAUUCUAACUGACGACCAAUUGUUUAUUAUUUCCGUUUAA